AGGUGUGUGCAAUUCAGGAAGUGACAGGCAGCAGGAGUCAUGUUUAUGAUGAAAAAGUUAUGUUUAUGAGGUCUCUGCUUGUCUAUGAUUGUUGAAACCUGUUACAUAUUAGUCAGUCUUGUGCCUUCAUUUGUGCUGUUCAAAGGUCCUGCUAGAAGUGGUGAACCUUAUCAGAAAUUCUUAACAGUGUCUGUAUCGGUUGUAUACUUUUAACUGCAAUGGAGUUUUCCAUCAAUACCACCUGGGAUAGCUUACCUGUAGAUCAUAAACCGGUAAAAAUUCGGUUUUCACCUGGUGAGGAUGGUUUGAUGAUGCACGUAACUGCUCCUUUCUUCAAUGACCCUCCAGCACCAGCCGGACCCCCUGGACCGUUUCCUGGUCUCUGGGAUUAUGAGGUGGUUGAAUCCUUCUUCCUAAACAGCAACACUGAGCAGUAUCUAGAGGUGGAAGUCUGCCCACAUGGACAACACCUUGUUCUGCUGCUAAAAGGGAAACACAAUGCAUUUAUGCAACAGCUUCCUCUUUCGUUCACGGCCAAUAUAGAGGACAAAACAUGGAGGGGAGAGGCACUUUUGCCCUGGAGGUAUUUCCCUCAGGGCAUUAACAAGAUGAACUCCUACGCUAUCCAUGGCUCUGGUGCGGGAAGGACUUACGAGUCUCUAUAUCCUGUGCCAAGAGAAGACCUUGAAGAGGGGCAGGGACCAGAUUUCCAUCGUCUCGAGUAUUUCCAGAGCUUCACACUGCAAAGCAUCAUGGGAGAAGCCUGGGUCCAGCCAGAGUCUGAUCUGUGGAAUGGUGCAAGCAAAUUUGUGCAGAAAAGCACAAAUUAAUUCAAACCUGGUUCAUAAUCGGCUUAUUUUGAUUUUUUUUAACAGCAUAAUGACUCGUAAUUUGCUUUCAUGGCUGUGUUAGAGCACAAAGUCCACCGCAGCCUGAUCAAAGUUAAUGAUGUGGCUUGUUUUAAUGUGGGUAUAAUGUGAAUAUAAUGGGUUUUAUUAUCACAAUUUAAUAAAUCUUGAAUCAGUAAUGCAGCACUAAUCUCGACGCUAAGUAUUACGUCAAGCGCCAAAUGUCUCUGCAGCAAUAUGCGAUAAAUGGGAAUUAUGUUAAUUUUUAUUGAAAUGAACCAUUUAAAUUUGAAGUUGUAAAUGGGUUCCCAGCACAUUAAGUAAAGAAACAAAUAAAUGCAAACAUUUAAUAAUCAGA